ACGCGCGCAGCCCAAACCGGCGACGCGGACACUUUCCGCUUCUUCUCCGCCCACCCCGCCCCCAGCCUCCCUCCCCGACCGGAUGGCGAAUCCAAGCCUCCUCUUCCUCCCCAAGGUCCUCUGCGCCGUCGCUGCCUUCUGCGCCUGUCUUCCCGCACCCGUCUCCGCCAUCCGGAAGGAAACUGGGUUUGCUGCACCCAUUAUGUGCAGGAGGACUGUCCAAGGACGGCAUUUGAUUUCAGAUGAUAAUGGUUACGUAUGCUCUUCCCUUUCAAUCGAUCCAUGGUCACACUGCUGCCCAAGAACAGGAGCACGCUUUUCCUGUCAGGGCUGCAAACUUGAUUUACAGUGCUGCAACUCUUAUGAGUAUUGUGUUUCCUGCUGCUUGGAUCCUUCCAGGACCAAGGAAAGAGAUGUUCUGAAGUUGAAGGUAGCUAAGCCAGUUACUGCUGGAACUUACGCCAAUAUCUUCGAUUUCUGCAUGGGAAGAUGCCGCCAUAGUUCUGCAAGCGUGGUCCAUGAAAACGCAUAUGUGAGUGAUUUCCAUCAUUGCUUCAUGGUUCAGCAAAAUUUAUCAGCAGGAUCAACUGAUUCUAAUUAUGGAUCAAGGUUGGCUGGUAUAAGCGUCAUUGUGGGAAGGCAGGGAGAACCGUGUAGUUCCACGUGUAGAGCAAAAGGACAAUCAUGUGUUCCGAGCAGGCUUUCUGAGUUGAACAAAUGUCAGAUUUUACAGAAAUAUAUGAGAUGCAGAAGUGGUUGCUUCCCCAGUCUUGGACCAGAUCAACCCGCCGAAGUUGUAGACGAAGCUCCAACAAGUUUGAAUCCAGGAGCAUGCUUGUACAUGCAGACAGAUGAGCGGCUCACAUGUGAUGGCUCACAUCAACAUACCCGGAGGGUCUGUCCUUGCGCAUGAAAGCAGAAGUUUAUGGUAAUUUUAUCUGAAAAGCUCAUCAGAUUUUAGAGACUCAUCUAAUUGUCAACAUAUCUCCAAAGUUUUUCUCGCUAUUAUCAAUCACAAUCACUUGCAAGGAAACAAGUGAAGAUGAUCCCCUGAAAACUGGUGCUCUUUUUUCAUAAACAAACUUUUUCCCUACCUGUUGGACUGUUUGUUGUCCCAAAA